AUGGACGAGUCGAGGCCAGUAAACACACCGAGCGACACUAACUCGAAAUUACCUUCUGGUAAGGGUCACACUGAAGAACGUCAAUUCGAAAAGCCCUAUCGUCAACUCAUAGGAUCGCUUAUGUAUCUGGCGAUUGCAACCCGGCUAGACUCAUCAUUCACCGUGAAUCGUUUGGCGCAGUUCAACGAGAGUUAUCAAGACGUACACUGGUCAGCUGCAAAGCGUGUUCUUCGUUACUUACGAGAAACAGAAAACUACGAACUCACCUACACCAAGGACAAUUUGGGUCUUCGAGGGUACUCAGAUGCAGAUCAUGCGAAUGACGAGAGCGAUAGAGUGUCAUACACUGGGUACGUAUUUAUACUCAGCGGAGCUGCGAUUACCUGGCGCUCGCAAAAACAAAGGUCGGUAGCUAUUUCUAGUACCGAGGCGGAAUAUGUAGCUCUGUCUGAAACAUCAAGAGAAGCUACAUAUCUUCUAAAUCUAAUGACGGAGAUGAAUUUGCCUGAACUAACCAAAAUAAGUAUAGGAACUGACAAUCAAGGCGCAAAACAUAUAGCCGAGAAUUCAGUGUGUCAUUCGCGCACUAAACACAUUGCGACUCGAUACCAUUUUGUGCGGCAGGUGUUGAAAGAUGGAAAGGUAACUGUAAUCUACACUCCAACAGAUAUGAUGCCGGCGGAUGUGUUCACCAAACCGCUUCCUGGACCAGCACACUACAGAUGCAUGAAGGACAUCGGCGUAAUAGUUUGCUAA